AUGGAUUCCCUCGUGUAUGGGAACCACACUGCUGUGACAGGGUUCAUCUUAUUGGGAUUAACAGAUGAUCCAGUCCUUCGAGUCAUCCUCUUCAUGAUCAUCCUGUGCAUCUACCUGGUGACCAUCUCUGGCAACCUCAGCACAAUCAUUCUAAUCAGAAUCUCCUCUCAGCUCCAUCACCCCAUGUAUUUUUUUCUGAGCCACUUGGCUUCUGCUGACAUAGGCUUUUCAUCUACUGUCACACCCAACGUGCUUGUAAACUUCCUGGUGGAGAGAAAUACAAUCUCCUACCUCAGAUGUGUCACCCAGCUUGGUUCAACUGCUUUCUUUGGAACAGUAGAAUGCUUCCUUCUCGCUGUCAUGGCUUAUGACCGCUUUGUGGCAAUCUGCAACCCACUGGUUUAUUCCACCAAAAUGUCCACACAAGUCUGUGUGCAGUUACUCGUAGUGGCUUAUAUAGGUGGUUUUCUUAAUGCUUCCUCCUUUAUCUUUUCCUUCUUUUCUUUAUCGUUCUGUGGCCCAAAUCAAGUCAAUCAUUUUUUCUGUGAUUUUGCUCCCUUAAUUGAACUCUCCUGUUUUGAUACCAGUGUCCCCGCCGCUGUUCCCUCAUUUUCUGCUGGCUUAGUCAUUUUGGUCACUGUGCUUGUCAUAGCCGUCUCCUACAUCUACAUCCUCAUCACCAUCCUGAAGACGCACUCCACUGAGGGGCGCCACAAGGCCUUCUCCACCUGCACCUCCCACCUCACUGUGGUCACUCUGUUCUAUGGGACCAUUACAUUCAUUUAUGUGAUGCCCAAGUCCAGCUACUCGACUGACCAGAACAAGGUGGUGUCUGUGUUCUACACGGUGGUGAUCCCCAUGUUGAACCCCCUCAUCUACAGUCUGAGGAACAAGAAGAUCAAGGGGGCUCUGAAGAGAGAACUUGGUAGAAGAAUAUUUUCUAGUGAUGCUUGUUAUUUUUGUAGGAUUUCUUAG